GGGAACUUUUUUACACAGACUCUCCUGGUAGUGUUGUUCCAAGGCACGCACUACCUAGAAGGUUGAAACCUCUGAUUGUCUCUCCAAGAUGAAUCUCACUGCUACAAGUCAUCGAGUACCCCUAAAUGAUGGAAACAGUAUUCCUAUCAUUGGACUGGGUACCUACUUAGAUCCUCAAACAACAUCUCAGGAGACCUGUUUGACAGCAGUGAAAAUGGCCAUUGACGUGGGGUAUAGACAUAUUGAUGGGGCCUACCUUUACAAAAAUGAGCAUGAAGUAGGGCAGGCCAUCAGAGACAAGAUAACAGAAGGAAAGGUGAACAGGAAGGAUAUUUUCUACUGUGGGAAGCUGUGGGCUACAUUCUUUGAACCAGAGAUGGUCCGCCCAACCCUGGAGAAGACACUCCAGGAACUCAAGCUGGAUUAUGUGGACCUUUACAUCAUUGAAAUGCCCAUGGGCCUUAUGCCGGGAAAAGAAUUCUAUCCUAUAGAUAAGAAUGGGAAGUGGUUGUAUCACAAAGUAGAUCUACGUGACACUUGGGAGGCCUUGGAAGCAUGCAAAGAUGCUGGCUUGGUGAAAUCCCUGGGAGUCUCUAAUUUUAACCGCAGGCAGCUGGAACUCAUCCUGAACAAACCAGGACUCAAGCACAAGCCGGUCUGCAACCAGAUUGAAUGCCAUCCAUAUUUCACCCAGCCAAAACUCUUGAAAUUUUGCCAACAACAUGACAUUGUUGUUGUUGCAUAUAGCCCUUUGGGGACUUCUAGGAAUCCAAACUGGGUGAAUGUAUCUUCUCCACCUUUGCUAGAGGAUGCAUUUUUAAACUCAGUGGCAAAAAAGUACAAUAAGACAGCAGCUCAGAUUGCUUUACGUUUCAACAUCCAAAGAGGGGUGAUUGUCAUUCCUAAAAGCUUUAAUCCUCAAAGAAUCAAAGAAAACUUCCAGAUCUUUGAUUUUUCUCUUACUGAAGAAGAAAUGACAAGCAUUGAAGCCUUGAAUAAAAAUAUCCGCUUUGUGGAACUGCUUAUGUGGAGUGAUCAUCCUGAUUACCCAUUUUUUGAUGAAUAUUGACUUCAGAGAAUUCAACUGAUUUUUCUCUUUACAUAAGGACAUUGGGCUGGGUAUUUCCCACAGAAGUGGAAACAAAAAGGAUUUUACUAUCUUAAGAGGAAUUAGUGAUAGAAACAUGCCACACUUAACUUUUUUUUAGUGCAAGUGGCCUCUACUUAUAUUGUCAUUUAUGGUGGAGGAAUCUUCAACUACAUAAUGUUAGUUUAACCACUACAGUGCUGAAUAUUGACUCACUAAAGUCAGCCUUACAAGUAUUCCAUGCCUAUGUGAUAAACUCUAAUAACAUUGAACCUCAAUCACUGAUGGAAUAAUUAAACACUGCUUAUACAACUCUAUUGGAAGAAAAUAAUCAGAUAUUUGUGCCUUGUCUCCUUCUUUGAUGCUACCUUAUUCUCCUUUUAAUGUGGCUAAUUUUAACCUGUAUCCUUUUAAUAUAACAAAUGAUAGCUAUGAAUGUAACAGCUUUCUUUGAUUUUGCAAGUCCUUCCAAUAAAUCACUGAACCUGGGGGUGGUCUUAGGGACUCCUUACCACAUAUAUACUUAAAAUAAAAUCAAACAAAAUGCAAGAACUUCCCUGGGAACUAGAUAAUUCUUGAAGAAGCCUGAUAGACUAGCAGUAAACAAACUUUUUGGCAUGACAGACUGGUUUUUUGGAAGACAAAUUUUUCAUGGACAUGGCAGUGGUUUGGGGAUGGUUCAAGCACAUUACAUUUAUUGUGCUCUUUAUUUUUAUUAUUUAUUACAUUGUGAUAUAUAAUGAGAUAAUUAUACAACUCAGAAUAAAGCAGAAUCAAUGGGA